AGAGUGAAAAGCUCUUUAACAAGACAUCUUCAGCAAGAAGGCACAGAAGCUUUCCUACAGCUCAUUUGUUUCUUAUAAAGAGUUACCUACUAUCAGAAAGAUGGCUGGCUCUUUCACACGUAUGAUCGCCGGACGCAACGGGGCUGUGCUGUUGGCCAGCCUGGGCGCGGGAACCAUGGCGACUGGUUUCCUGAUGAGUGAUAACCCCCUAGCUGCUGAGGUCAGGACAAAGCUUUACCCCCCCAGCUCUGAUUUCCCCGACCUGAGGAAACACAACAACUGCAUGGCCAAGGCUCUGACUCCGGCCAUUUACGGCAGACUGAGGGACAAGAUCACCCCCAACAACUGGACCCUGGACCAGUGCAUCCAAACCGGAGUGGACAACCCCGGACACCCUUUCAUCAAGACCGUGGGCUGUGUGGCUGGUGAUGAGGAGAGCUAUGAGGUGUUCUCUGAACUCUUUGACCCCAUCAUCAAAGACAGGCACAACGGCUACGACCCCAACACCAUGACUCACCCCACUGACCUGGACGCCUCCAAGAUAACCAAUGGCGUGUUUGACGACAAAUACGUCCUGUCGUCCCGUGUCCGCACUGGGCGCAGUAUCCGCGGGCUGAGCCUCCCCCCCGCCUGCUCCAGGGCGGAGCGCCGUGAGGUGGAGCGGGUGGUGGUGAUGGCCCUGGCCGGCCUGAAGGGAGAUCUGGCCGGACGCUACUACGGCCUGCAAGACCUGACAGACAAGGAGCAGCAGCAGCUCAUUGACGACCACUUCCUGUUUGACAAGCCUAUCUCUCCUCUGUUGACAUGUGCCUUUAUGGCCAGAGACUGGCCUGACGCCAGGGGCAUCUGGCACAACAAUGAGAAGACCUUCCUGAUCUGGGUGAAUGAGGAGGACCACACCAGAGUCAUCUCCAUGGAGAAGGGAGGCAACAUGAAGAGAGUGUUUGAGAGAUUCUGCAGAGGACUCAAACAGGUGGAACAGCUGAUCCAGGAGAGAGGCUGGGAGUUCAUGUGGAAUGAGCGUCUGGGAUACAUCCUCACAUGUCCGUCCAACCUGGGCACUGGACUCAGGGCUGGCGUGCACGUGCGCCUGCCAAAUCUCAGCAAGGACACACGUUUCUCCAAGAUCCUCGACAACCUGCGGCUGCAGAAGAGAGGCACAGGUGGAGUGGACACAGCUGCCACUGGAGACACCUUUGACAUUUCCAACAACGACCGUCUGGGUAAAUCUGAGGUGGAGCUUGUCCAGAUGUUGGUGGAUGGCGUCAACUACCUGAUUGAAUGUGAGAAGAAGAUGGAGAAGGGACAGGACAUCAAAGUCCCGUCUCCCGUCAACCAGUUCAGGAAGUAAAAAUCCGAACUCAUCACAGCACCGGUGUUAGUGGGGGGGGGCUCUCUGCUCCGAGCUCCCCCCAAACCUCAGAGACGUCUGUCCGCUGCUACAGGUGGUUUCUUUACUUCUCCAACAAAGAUUGCAAAUCUUUAUAACCUAAUUUUAGUCAUGGACUGCAGUUAGGGGGGAUUCUACCUCAAGUUCCAGGUCAUCACUAUUCCUGACUUCAAUAAAAACAAAAAUAAACACUU